AUGUUAGCAGAUUUUCCUUUUCCCUCGUCCUCACUCCCUUUCGCAGAUCUCAUCAAUGCAUACACAUCGGGUCGGGCCAUAAACCCGGGACGUACCCGUAGCCUCCACGCCCGGAUCAUCAUCGCCGGCGCCGCUAAAUCCCCACACCUCGCUUCCAAACUGAAAGCUUUCUACGCCGCCUGCAAACAGUUUGGCCACGCCCGCAAGGUGUUCGACGAAAUUCCCAGGCCGAGUGGGACGCGAAUAUGGGCCGCUCUAAUCGGAUCCUACGCCCGCCACGGACUUUAUCCAGAGUCAAUAACCUCAUUUUCCGAAAUGCGGAAGGAAGAAAAGCUCAAUCACGACAGGAAUAUCACGCUCAGCAUCCUCAAAGCCUGUGGGCACCUCUGUUUUCGUAAAACCGGCCGAGGGCUACACACCGUUGUUCUGAAAAAUGGGUUCGGGCGGGACCCGUUUGUGUCCUGCUCGCUUGUCGACAUGUACUCGAGGUGCGAAAAUGUUGAGGACGCCAAAAGAGUGUUUGACGAAAUGUCGGAAGUGGAUUUAGUGUCAUUGAACACUAUGGUUUGGGGCUACGUUCGCAACGGUUCGGUUCAUGAGGCUCUUGGCUUGGUCGAGAAAACGAGAUUUUUAUUCGGGCUUAUGCCCAAUAUUGUGACGUGGAAUUCGUUGAUCUCCGGAUUCUCACAAGUGAAUGAUGAAGUGAUGGUUAAGAGAAUUCUCGAAAGUAUGGAGGCCGAUGGGAUGAAGCCCGAUACAAUAGCCUUCACGUCGAUAAUUUCGGGUUAUAUCCAAAAUUUUCGGACCAAAAAGGCAUACGCUGUUUUUCGGAAAAUGUUGCGAUCGGGCCUCACCCCGACUUCCCUAACCAUUAGCAGUCUCCUUCCGGGGACCGCCAACACAAAGGACUUGAGACGGGGAAAGGAUUCACGGGUACUCGGUUUUGAUUGGAUUGAACGAUGCCGUGUAUGUGAAAAGCGCCCUCAUUGA